UUUUUCCCUGAUUUAUUUUAUUAUUUAUGCAUGUACCCUCUUACUCGUUUUCACCCUUCACUUUAACCAUUCUCAUACAAACACAAUUCCAAAAACUUCUCAGUAAUUAAGCUUAAUCUUCUUCUAAUUCAGAUUAUCACCACAAAAACAACAUGUUAAUCACAUUAUCACACAAAACCAUCACUUUCAUAACAUUCAUCUUCUUAUUGGGCCCAAGCCCAAUCCUCUCUCGAGACGCACACGUCAUCAACUUCCGAUCACCCAAUCUCUACCCCGAAUCCCUCGCGUGGGACCCACGCGCUCAACAUUUCCUCCUCGGUUCCCUCCGCCAACGCAUCAUCACCGCCGUCUCCGACGCCGGCAUCGUCGAGACCUUCAUCUCCGACUCCACUCUCCCCUCCGACACAUCCUUCCUCGGCCUCGCCGUUGAUUCCCCUCGCAACCGUCUUCUCGCCGUCGUACACUCCCACCCUCCCCUCCCUCCGUUCAACGCCCUCGCCGCCUACGAUCUACUCUCCCGCCGCCGUAUCUUCCUCACUCCCCUCCUUUGCUCCGACGACAACCACGAAUCCGAAUCCUCCCCAUGCGCCGCCAACGACGUCGCCGUCGAUCACCUCGGUAACGCAUUUGUAACAAACUCCGCCGGAAACUUCAUCUGGAAAAUAACCGUCAACGGAGAAUCCUCAAUCUUCUCAAAAUCUCCACUAUUCCUCACCUCGCCAACAACCAAUCAAUCCACGUUAGGUCUCAACGGAAUCACCUACGUCUCCAAAGGCUACCUUCUGGUAAUCCAAUCAAGCACCGGGAAGCUUUUCAAGGUAGACGAAAUCGACGGUACAGCAAGGAUUGUUCUAUUAACCGAGGAUCUAAUCGGCGCGGACGAUAUCGUCGUUCGCGACGCGAACGUCGCUAUCGCGGUAUCGCCGAUGAAUAAAUUAUGGUUCAUUAAGAGUAUGGAUAAUUGGGGAGAGGGAUCGGUGUAUGAGAGACUGGAGGUUGAUGUUCGACGGUUUCCGACGUCGGUGACAGUUGGAGAAAAGGGGAGAUUGUAUGUGUUGUAUGGACAUUUGAAUGAAGGGAUGUUGGGAGAUGGUGGAAGAGAGGGUUUUGGUAUUGCUGAGAUUAGGUCAAGAGAAGGACAAGAUGAUCAUGUUUGGAUUUUUGGUUUGAUUGGUGUUGGAUUGGCUUAUUUCUUCUUUUGGAGGUUUCAGAUGAGAAAUCUUGCCAGGAAAAUGGAUCGAAAGAUCGAAUGAGUUUUUGUUUGGAUAUCACCGAAAUCACGGUGCAAAAUCAAGAAAUUUCUCAGAGUUCUUCACCUGCAACAACCAUCGCCAAUUAUCGCAUUGUAGGUUUAGAACUCUUAGAGAUUUAGUGAUCUUUUAAAUUUGGUUUUGUCAAUUUUGACCUAUUCCAAGUAUAGAAUCAAUCUUUGUUUGACCAAAGAUAAGAUUGAAUAUGUUUCUGAUUUUGAUUAUGGGAAUGUUGUUUAGGAUUUAGAGGUUUUGGUUAAUGUGAUUUCUUGACUGUCAAGUAUGUUGUUGCCAAUUUUGGUUACAGCAAUGUUUUGUUU